UGCAGUGCGCGUGCUCUCCAGUUCCCCUCCCAGCACUUUUCCGGGACUCGUCGUCUUGUGAAAUCCACCGUCCUGGUAUAAAACCCCACAGCCAGGGAGGGCUCUACUUUUUUAAGGAACAGCCGUGUGCGCACUUUGACGGGUCGUGUUGUCGGGUACUCUGGUGACCGUGUUGUCAUGCGCAACACCCGAGUCAGAUAAAGUUGAUUCACACGUAGAUUAAUAUCAUUCUUUCAUUAUUUUUUUGUAAUUUUUUUUUUUUUUUAAAGUAAAGUCUUGGUUCGGGGGUUGUUUGGUCCUAGUGGUCUAGAACUCCUCUGGACAUGGCGGAAGGAGACUUCUACACGAUGGGAAGCCGGCAGAGGUUUCCACGGGAUCCGUUCGGGGAGUCGCCGUUCAGGGACCAGCUCGGCUCUCGGUUUAUGGAGGACGACUUUGGGAUUCCGGCUUUCCCCGACGAUUUGUCGAUGGACUGGCCGGGCUGGGCUCGCCCCGGUCGGCUCGGCACGCGCCUCAGCGGCACGUCGCCCUUCGGCAGCGGUUUACGCGCAGGUUUCCCCUCGCGGCAGUCCUCGGGAGGCCCCGCGGUGUACACGAGCCGGUACGGCGAGCCCUCCUCCCGGAGCUCCCCGACCGGCGGCGCCGCCACCACCGCCACCAGCACCGGGGGGGAACCCUGGAAGGUGUGCGUGAACGUGCACAGCUUCAAACCGGAGGAGUUAAGCAUCAAGACCAGGGACGGAUUUGUAGAUGUGUCAGGAAAACAUGAAGAGAAGCAGGAAGAAGGAGGCAUCGUCACAAAGAAUUUCACAAAGAAGAUACAGAUCCCGAUAGACGUGGACCCCGUGACCGUCUUCGCCUCCUUGUCCCCGGAGGGCGUCCUCAUCAUCGAAGCUCGGCAGACGCCUCCGUAUUACCUCUUCAGCAACGAGGACUCCCCGCCGGGAGGCGACGCCCCGGAGACGGAGGCCCCCCAGCCCCAAGAGGCCCCCGUCGUCUAAAAGCCAGAGUCCUCACUAACAUCACAAAUCCAUCCUGCACUAAAGAUAGGAAACGUGGGGCCUUCAGCCCAAUGUUAAUGUGUAAAAUACCGUAAAGGUAAGUCCUGUUUGAGGUCCUUAUUAAAGCUGCACAAGGACAAUAUUUGAGGCUGUUUUUGGCCUCGUUGCCUACAUUUAAUUGAGGUGUCACUUCUCUUUUCACAAACGAAUGCAGACCCAAAAUUAAAAUGUCCAAAAGAACCCAAAACGUAAGAUGUUUUUACUCUUUUAUAACAACAAUGAAUAGAGUCCAGCUGCUUGGAUACACCUGUGCUCAUGUUUCAUUUCUUCCAGUACGCCCAGUCUGUGCCUCUCAUGCAUCAUGUGGUAAAUGCAUAGCUUCAGGACUGCAGUGACGUUUUAUUGGAUUUUAUAUAUUUUAAUUAAUUUUUUUUCCCCCCCCCCCCAAGUACACAAAGGUUAACUCGUCUUGUGCAGCUUUAAUAUUCUAUACAGUUUUAUAUCCUGAAGAUUACGCAAGAGCUGUUGGGCCGCCGAUGCAUUUCAAGUCACAGCAUUCUCACUAACCAGCGGGUUGAUACGACACUGUGUGUGAAUCAUAUUUGUAUUUAUGUUAACAUCCAAUUCAUUAAGUGGAGUUUUUCUUUUUUUAAUGUGAUUUUAUUUGGUUAAAAAAAAAAUAAAGACAAAUGUGCCUUUUUAUUUACUUGCGUGCCUUUCUCUUGUGAGUUGAUGCACGUCACUUCAACAGGUGACAAUGGGGUGAAUCGUGUUCUACCAACAACAAAAAAAAAGAAAGUAUUGUAAAUAUACUCCAAUUAUGUGCCAAUUCAUUGUAAACAUUAUUCUGAAGUGUUCCACGUUCUCUUUGUUUUUCUUUUCUAUCUGAGCGUUUCGGGAAGAUUGGCCGCAUGGCUGCCAGGAGCGCACCGACAUGACCUGUUCUUUUAUUUUGUUGUUGUUGUUGUUGACGUCUUUUGUGUGUUGGCUGAUGC